GAAGGCAGCGAGGUGCUGGAGCUGCAACUGAAUGUGGUGGCCCCCCUGCAAGUGCACGUGCACCCGAGCCGGCAGACCGUGGACUUGGGCAAAAGCGCCGACCUCACGUGCUCCGUGUCGGGCUUUCCGCACGGCACCGUCACCUGGCUCAAGGACGGCCAGCCGCUGCGCACGGGCGCGCGCGUGCGCCUGCUGUCCAAGGACCACGUGCACAUCGUGUCCGUCGCCAAGGAGGACCGGGGGAUGUACCAGUGCUUCGUCAAGAACGAGGCGGAAAUGGCGCAGGGAGCGGCUGAACUUCGCCUUGGGGAGGUGUAUCCCCAGCUAGCUUACAAAUUUAUAGAGCAGACAAUGCAACCAGGACCGUCAGUAUCACUAAAAUGUAGUGCAUCUGGAAAUCCCACUCCACAAAUAUCAUGGACUCUUGACGGAUUCAAUCUGCCACAGAAUGAGAGGUUCAUGAUUGGCCAAUAUGUGACAUUGUUUGGUGAUGUGAUAAGCCAUGUGAACAUUUCAUCUGUGAAACCAGAAGAUUCAGGAGAAUAUGAAUGUGUUGCAGAAAAUCGUGCUGGGAAAGCAACACAUAGUGCCAGAUUGAAUAUUUAUGGAUUACCUUAUGUUCGUGCUAUGUCACCUAUUCCAGCAGUUGCUGGUAAAGAACUAAUUAUAAAGUGUCCAGUGGCAGGUUAUCCAAUUGACACUGUUUUCUGGGAGAAAGAUGGUGUUCGACUUCCCACAAAUAUUCGACAGCGAGUAAUAAAUAGUACCCUAAUCGUUGAAAAUGUUCAAAGAGAAAGUGAUCAAGGUUCUUAUACCUGUGUAGCACGAAAUAAGCAGAAUAAUACUUCACAGCAAUCUGUUGAUGUUCGUGUUUUAGUGCCACCCAAAAUCACGCCUUUCAGUUUUGCCCGCGAUUUAAACGUAGGAGAUCGAACAAGCGUACAGUGUGUGGUGGUGACUGGAGACUUACCCCUCAGCUUCACAUGGCUCAAAGACAACCAAGGCAGUCCUACAUCAACUAGCAUUUCCACAUCCACAAGCACAAGUCACAGCCACAGCCACAUUCCGCCCAUGGACAUAAACAUCAGACAGUAUGAUGAUUUCACCAGUGCGCUAACCAUAGGCAGCAUCACGUGGGCACACAGUGGCAAUUACACGUGCCAUGUGGCAAACGAUGCCGCCACCGUCACACACACAGCACAACUCCAAGUGAAUGUCCCUCCUCGGAUCUCUCCCUUUAAUUUUGAGGCUGAUGUAACUGAGGGAAUGCGCACACAACUCAUGUGUGCAACAAGUAAAGGAGAUCGCCCCUUUAACAUCACAUGGCGUAAAGAUUCGCGGCCUUUGGGACCUGCCGAUGAUGACUGGAUUAACAUUAAAGAAUAUGACCAUGUUUCUAGUAUUCUGACAAUAGAUAGUGUAACGUCUAGUCAUAGCGGCAACUACACAUGUGUUGUUGGGAACCGAGCAGGCACGGUGGAGCACACUGCUCACCUAUCCGUGAUGGUACCCCCUAGAUGGGUGGUUGAACCUUCUGAUCAAAGUGUUGUUUUGGGAAAUUCUGUAAUGCUUACAUGCCAAGUAGAUGGCUUUCCAAAACCAACUGUUGUAUGGAAACAAGCAAUAGGAAAUCAGCCAGGUGAAUACAGAGAAAUUGGAUAUCGAAGUGAUCGCAUAAGGAGUCUUGAAAAUGGCUCCUUGAUAAUUCCAAGAGUUGCAGAAGAACAUGAAGGUUAUUAUUUGUGUCAGGCAAUGAAUGGGAUCAGUGCCGGCCUCAGCAAAGUUGUUCACUUAACUGUAUAUGCUGGACCACAAUUCAAAACCCGCUCGCGUCAAGAAACCGUACGGAAAGGAGAUUUAGUGCAUUUACGUUGUGAAGCUGAGGGAGACGUUCCAAUGGAUAUAAUUUGGAAAGCUAAAGGCAGCCGCAUCGAACCUGGAUACGAUAUCAGGUACAUGAUAAAAAACACGAGUUUAUCACAUGGAAUGAUGUCUGAACUAAAUAUUUUGGAAGCCUCACAUUUGGAUAGAGGCGAGUACACCUGCACUGCAAACAAUGCAUAUGGCCAAGAUCAUACUUCUAUUCAGCUUUUAGUUCAGGAGCCUCCAAAUUUUCCUAGGAAUUUACACAUAGCAGAACAAACAAGUCGUUCAGUGAGACUUUCUUGGUCUCCAAGUGCAGGAGACACACCUGUAACUUCGUAUAUCUUACAAUACAAAGAAGCUAGAGAUGUAUGGCAUGAACACAACCCUCAAAAAAUUGUUGGCGGAGACAAGACGGUUAUGCUUGUCACAGGAUUAAGGCCUGCAACCACAUAUCAUUUUCGCCUUUAUGCUGAAAAUCAACUUGGCAUGAGUGCACCAAGUGAUGUGUUACAUGGAACCACAGAUGGCGACAUUCCUGCAGGAACUCCACAGCAAGUCGCCGCUGAAGCUAUGAGUGCUCAGACACUUCGGAUAACAUGGCAACCUCCAGAUAGAGAUUUAUGGAAUGGCGAGCUUCUCGGAUAUAAUAUAGGAUAUCGUAAAGCGGGGUCAGAUAAAGAAUUGUAUAAUUUCACGAGAGUUGCUGUAGCUGGUGAUUUACCAGGAGAUUUUCGUUUGACUGGACUAGCUAAAUUUGCAAAAUACAACAUAAUUGUCCAGGCAUUUAACGUGAAAGGAGAUGGCCCUCCAUCGGAGCCAGUUAUGGCAGAAACUCUGGAAGAUGGUAAGCUCAAUCGUAUUCUUCCUAGCUCCUCACCUCAAGAUAUUGAAUGCACAGCACUCUCAUUCCAAAAUCUUCAGAUCAGCUGGAAACCACCUCCAGAUAAUCAGGUUCAUGGAAUAAUCCAGGGGUACAAGCUGUCUUAUGAGCCUGCAGAGGAAUGGUAUGAUCAAGUGGUACCUGAUACAAAGGUUACUACUGCUACAACUACUGUCUUGCAUGGACUUCAACCUUAUACUAACUACAGUCUACAAGUUUUGGCCUAUACUCGUGUGGGAGAUGGCGUAACAAGUCAUACAGUGUAUUGCAUGACUGAAGAAACAGUCCCAGAGGCACCUGAAAAAAUUAAAGCCGUUGUGGGCUCUAAUGAUACUGUUAUAAUCAGUUGGCUUCCUCCAAGGCAUCCAAAUGGUAUUCUCUCAAAAUAUACUGUAUAUAUCCGAGUUCUAGAACAAGGUGAAGAGACAAAAAUAAUGAAGGCAACAUUGCCUUCCCAUCAACAUUAUUAUAAAGCAGUUGGCCUAAAAAAGAGAGAAAAAUAUGAGGCAUGGGUUACUGCCUCCACAAAAAUUGGACAAGGUCUUAGUACACCAGUGAUACAAUUAUCACCUAAUUCAGUAGUGCCUCCAACUCCUCCUCUACUGCUAGCUACAGCCGUGACUCUCACUUCCGUCCAACUGCAAUGGAAACAAGGAGAUAAUGGGGGAGCUGCAGUGAAAGGAUUUUUACUUUCAUACAGACGAGAUUAUGGCGAAUGGGAGGAAAUAAGUGUUGACAGGCGUGCCACUACAUAUCUGUUAGAUGGUUUGUUAUGUGGCACGCGUUAUCAGUUUCGUCUUGCAGCGUUUAAUAAAAUUGGAAGUGGAGCAGCAAGCAAACUAGAAACAGCAACAACUAAAGGUGGUAAACCUAAAGAACCAUCUGUAAACCCAUUUCUUCAAGUGAACCGAACUUCAGUCACUCUUUUCUUGUCAACAUGGCAAGAUGGAGGGUGCCCCAUUUUGUACUUUGUAGUUGAAUAUAGGAAAGGAAAAUCCGAUUGGACACUUGUGUCUAACAAUGUGCUGCCACAACCUAAAUUUCCUAUUAUUGAUAUGACACCUUCCACACAGUACACAUUACGAGUGACAGCUCACAAUAAUGCUGGGUCUACUCAGGCAGAAUAUAAAUUUACAACACUCAAUAAUGCAGGGGGAGAACAUUUACCGGAAACAAAACAAUCUGAUAAUUCAGAUGAAGUACCAUUUUAUCGAGAUAGCCAUAUGGUGAUCCUGAGCAUUGCUUCGCUUGUUGCAGUAAUAUUAGCAAUGGCAGGAGUAUGCUUCUGCCUUCGCAGAAAACCGGAAUCUGAAGAUAUGAGUCUUCAUGAAUCUCAGACUGCUGCUGCUCUGGAUAACAAACAAAAUAUGGAGCAAAGAGAACAAUAUUAUGCAACUGUUCGUAAACCAAUACAAUCCCCAAUGCAUGAUAUGAGUGGUUUAGAAAGAAUACCAGGUAUGGAAUGAAAUUUACUUAUUCUCUUCACUUAUC